AUGAGUUCCAAGUCAAAAUCCAUAGGGGUCAUCGGAGCUCCUUUCUCAAAGGGACAGCCUCGAGGAGGAGUGGAAGAAGGCCCUAAAGUUCUGAGAAAGGCUGGCCUGCUUGAGAAGCUUAAAGAACAAGAGUGUGACGUGAAGGAUUAUGGGGACCUGCCCUUUGCCGAUGUCCCUAAUGACAGUCCAUUUCAAAUCGUGAAGAAUCCAAGGUCCGUGGGAAAAGCCAAUGAGCAGCUGGCCGGCGUGGUGGCAGAAGCCAAGAAAAAUGGAAGGGUCAGCGUGGUGCUGGGUGGAGACCACAGUUUGGCCAUCGGAAGCAUCUCCGGCCACGCCAAGGUCCACCCGGAUCUCUGUGUCAUUUGGGUGGAUGCUCACACGGAUAUCAACACUCCACAGACAACCUCAAGUGGGAACUUGCAUGGACAGCCUGUGUCUUUCCUCCUGAAGGAACUAAAGGGAAAGAUCCCUGAUGUACCAGGAUUCUCCUGGGUGACGCCCUGCAUAACUGCCAAAGAUAUUGUGUAUAUUGGUCUGAGAGACGUGGACCCUGGGGAACACUACCUUUUGAAAACUCUGGGUAUUAAGUACUUUUCAAUGACUGAAGUGGACAGACUGGGAAUUGGCAAAGUGAUGGAAGAAACACUCAGCUACCUACUAGGAAGAAAGAAAAGGCCAAUUCAUCUGAGCUAUGAUGUUGAUGGAUUGGAUCCAUCUGUCACACCAGCUACUGGCACACCAGUCAUCGGGGGUCUGUCUUACAGAGAAGGUCUCUACAUUACAGAAGAAAUUUGCAAAACAGGGCUACUGUCAGGAUUGGACAUAAUGGAAGUGAAUCCAUCUCUGGGGAAGACACCAGAAGAAGUAACUCGAACAGUCAACACAGCAGUAGCAAUAACCUUGUCUUGUUUUGGAGUUGCUCGAGAGGGUAACCAUAAGCCUAUCGACUACCUUAACCCACCAAAGUAA